AUUCACUUGUUUGUCUCAAUGCUGCACAAAUGGAGAGAACCAAACCAACGUUAUGCUUUCUAGCAAGAUUUCAGAGUUGGGCGUGAAACUUGAAAGAUUUCAGCAGAGAGGAUCAGAGGAGGACAAGCAGAAAUAUAGCCAAAAGUUCUGGGACUGCAUGAUCAUAUCCAGUGAUUGAAACUACAGCAGUUUAUUUGCUAGAGCAAUGGCUUCUGGUAAUUCAAAAUCUGUAAGAUUUCAAAAUGAUCCUGAGAAGACCACUUUUACAUCCACCAAGGGAGGUCAUCUUUCAAAAUUUAUGAGCAAGAUGAAUUGCAAUCAAGUGCCUGAGCUGCGAACCAAAACGUUUGAGAAGACUGCAAUUGGCAAGACUUUUCACAAGAAAGAACUCUCCAGGGUAUUUUCAGAAGACUACGAGGUAGUGGAGAAGACAAUAUUGGAUCCUCGAGGGCCUGACAUAAACAAAUGGAACAAGCUUUUCUUAGUAGCUUGUCUGAUAUCUCUUUUUGUAGACCCUUUGUUCUUUUAUCUGCCACAGGCUAAGAAGAGCAUGUGCAUUACUGUUUCUCUACCUCUUGAAAUUGAUCUCACAGUUACUCGGUCAGUAGUUGAUGCUUUUUACAUUAUUCAGAUUUUUGUUAGAUUUCGAACAGCUUAUGUGGCUCCAUCCUCUCGUGUGUUUGGGAGAGGAGAACUAGUCAUAGACCCUACAAAGAUUGCUUCAAGGUACCUGCACAAAGAUUUCUGGCUUGAUAUAAUCGCUGCACAACCCCUUCCACAGGUUUUGGUUUGGGCUGUAAUCCCCAAAUUAAGGGGUUCAUUCAUGGUUACUACGAAAAAUAUUGUUCGCCUAAUUAUCAUAUUCCAGUAUCUCCUGAGGCUAUACCUUAUCUUUCCACUUUCAUCUCAAAUUAUCAAGACUUCAGGGGUUGUGACAGAAACAGCAUGGGCAGGGGCUGCUUAUAACCUGAUGCUCUAUAUGCUGGCAAGUCAUGUUUUAGGAGCCUCUUGGUACCUCUUAUCACUUGAACGGCAAGAAGAAUGUUGGAGAAAAGUUUGUAGUCUUCCCAUCGUAGAUUGCCGCUAUGAGUUUUUUGACUGCAGCUUUGUUGGUGAUCCUGCCAGAGCUGCUUGGUUCAAUUCAAGCAAUAUCUCAGGCCUAUGUGAUCCAAGAAGUGAUUUCUUCCCGUUUGGCAUUUAUGCUGAUGCAUUACAAUUCGGAGUCACAUCAGAAGGAUUCAUCAGGAAGUACCUCUACUGCCUUUGGUGGGGGCUGAGAAAUUUGAGCUCAUUGGGACAGGGGCUCUUCACAAGCACUUAUGUUGGAGAAAUAAUUUUUGCUAUCAUCAUUGCUAUUGUUGGAUUAGUGCUUUUUGCACUUCUCAUUGGAAAUAUGCAAACGUAUCUCCAAUCUACUACUGUUCGACUGGAAGAAUGGAGGAUUAGGAGGACUGAUACGGAACAAUGGAUGCAUCACAGGCAGCUUCCUCAUGAACUAAAGCAGAGUGUUCGAAGUUAUGAUCAAUACAAGUGGGUUGCAACUCGGGGUGUUGAUGAGGAAGCCAUUCUGAAAAGUCUCCCUAUGGAUCUUCGCCGAGACAUCAAACGCCACCUCUGCCUUGAUUUAGUUCGACAAGUGCCACUCUUUGAUCUGAUGGAUGAUCGGAUGCUAGAUGCAAUUUGUGAAAGGCUUAAACCAUGUCUCCGUACCCCAUCCACUUGCCUUGUUCGUGAAGGUGAUCCUCUAAAUGAGAUGCUUUUCAUUGUCCGAGGCCACCUAGAUUCCUUCACUACCAACGGUGGACGCACAGGAUUCUUCAAUUCAAGCCGGAUCGGUCCAGGUGAUUUCUGUGGUGAGGAAUUGUUAACUUGGGCCUUGGACCCUCGUCCAAAUAUUGUCCUCCCAUCGUCUACACGCACCGUCAAGGCUAUCACUGAAGUGGAAGCUUUUGCUCUUGUUUCUGAGGACUUGAAAUUUGUUGCCGCCCAGUUUCGCAGACUGCAUAGCAAGCAACUUAGGCACACAUUCAGAUUUCACUCGCAUCAAUGGAGGACAUGGGCUGCAUGCUUUAUACAAGCAGCCUGGUUUCGCUAUAAGAGACGGAAAGGGGUAGCUGAGCUCAAGAAAUGGGAGAGUAUGGCAGCCAGUUCACCUGAACAAGCAACAGAACAAACGGGUGCACCGCCACUUCCUCCAGUAGCCUCAGGCUUUGCCUCAUACGCAGCAAAACUGGCGGCAAGCACCAGAUCAAGAGGUGGGAGUAUGCGGUGUGGAACCGACUUUGACAUACUAGGCUCUUUGCAAAAGCCGAAUGAACCUGAUUUUACAGUUGAAGAUAGAUAAGAGAA